CGUGAUUCAGGUGCCUCUGAGUGCGCUCUUCACACCCUCUCGACUGUGUGCCCUUUGGAGCUCCUCCAACACUCAGGCCCUCGCAAAGUGCUGGUGAUUGUGGACGGCGCGCUCUCCAGGUGCUUCGCGGCCACUCUUCAGCUUCGAGUGACUGGCGGACUUGUGCCUCUGCGACUCUCCCUCAACCCUGAGCAGAGCCAUUUUUGUGCUGGCAGAAGAACUCGGCGCGAGGAAAGCCAAUAUCUUGCAGGAUUUGCAAAGUAUUCUCGGGUGGAUUUAGGGCGCAGAGAAGAGAUGCAGCAGAUGAACGAUGAGUAUGGCGAUGAGUACGCGGACCACGGCCAGCAGCGUCCGCCGCCGGCGCACUACCAGGCCGCGCGACCCAUGGUGGAUCCGGAGGCGGAGGGUGAGGUGGACCCGAACCUCUACCCGCAGGCCAAGGAGUCCACGCACAAGAUCCGCGGCCGUUACGACAUGAUUGAGAUGCUGUGCGGCUCCGUGGACCAGGAGCUCCUCUUCGUCAAGACUUUCUACUUCUUCUUCUACUCGGCUUUCGGAUCACUGUUCCCGCUCAUGGGCGUCUACUUCAAGCAAAUGGGCAUGAAUCCCGGCCAGUGCGGCCUUCUGAUCGGCAUCCGUCCGUUCGUGGAGUUCCUCUCGGCGCCCUUCUGGGGCAGCUAUGCCGAUCGCUGCAAGAAGGGCAAGACGCUACUCAUGGCCUCACUUUCCUGCUGGAUCCUCUUCACUCUGCCACUGGGAUUCAUCCAGCCGCCGGCCACAAGUUGCCUGGAGAAGCACAACGACACGGACUACGAGCUGAAGAUCCCUCAAGUUCCGCGCAUCCUCAAGAGAUCCAUUCCGCACGAGACCCUCACGGAGUUGGAAGACAGCUUCGGCCGCCUGGCUGACGGAACCAGGAAGUUUGAGCGUGUGACGAGGUCUGUCAGACCCAUCUCUGAAGCUGGCCAAUCUCCUCUCGACGUGCGCUAUGCCUCGAAUUACAACGCCAAGUUGCACGGAAGUUGGGUGUCUCCGCUGUUCUCCUCCAUUGUCUACAGGACUGAGGACAUCCAGAAGGCUUUCUUCCUCCUGAUUUUGCUCGUUAUCAUUGGAGAGUUCUUUGCCGCUCCCGCUAUCACGCUAGCUGACUCCGCUGUGAUCACAAUCUUAGGCGACCAGUCGGAUCGCUAUGGUCAUCAGCGCAUGUUCGGUUCCCUGGGCUGGGGUUUGGCCAUGUUCUUCGUGGGCAUCGCCCUGGAUCACUCCACCGCCUUUCCUGACCACCCGUGCGGACCCGAGAAAGAGGAGAAGAACUACACCAUCUGCUUCGCCACCUUCUCAGUGCUCAUGGGCGCUGCCCUUCUCACGGCCACGCAGAUUACCUUCAAGUACGACUACGAGGAGCCAGCACCAGUGGAGCCCCAAGGCGAGGCAAAGCCCAGCUAUGAGGAUGAGAUGCAGAACCAGCUGGCCGCUCAGCUGCAAUUGCCCUCUUUGGCGGCGCCCACGAAGCCCUCUUCCGGAUCCCUGCUCACGUCCGACAUGGGCGCCCAGACGAAGAUGUUCGCGCAAACCACCCGUGAAAUGCCCGAAUGGAUGACUGUGCUGAAGCAAUUCAAGAACCUUAAGUGCGGCAGCUUCCUCUUCGUCGCCUGGUUCAUGGGAUUCGGCAUUGGACUGAUCUUCACGUUCCUCUUCUGGCACUUGCAGGACUACGGCGGCUCUCCCACGCUCUUCGGCGUGGCGUCUGUGAUCAAUCACAUUAGCGAGAUCUUUGCCUACUUCUUCAGCUUCCGUCUCAUCACUCAAAUUGGCCACGUCAAGGUUUUGUGUCUCGGUUUAGUCGGCAACAUCCUUCGCUUUCUGUACAUCUCCUACCUGAAGAAUCCCUGGUGGGUGCUGCCCUUUGAGUUCAUGCAGGGCAUCACCCAUGCUGCUGUCUGGGCCGCCUGCUGCUCUUACAUCUCUCACAAUACGCCUCAACAUCUGCGCGGAUCUGCCCAGGGCGUCCUCCAGGGACUCCACCACGGAUUGGGACGCGGCUGCGGCGCUGUCAUCGGCGGAAUCUUCGUGACUUGCUUCGGAACUACUGCUACAUUCAGGGGCUACGGAAUCUCAUGCAUCUUUGUCUUGGCUGCUUUCAUCUUCGUCAACUUUUAUCGCAAGGAAGGGGGCUUUGUGUCUGACAUUCCCAUGACCGAGGAUCCACGUCAGGUCGCUGAAGACACCGCACACUUGGCACCACACGGAGUCCCUAGCAACCCCAUCCCUCGCGCUCUAUCCAGCACUCGCCUCAAUGAAGUCCACAGCAAUGACAACUACGGAACUUCCUACCAGGCUGGCGGCAGUAAUUUGGAUGUGCCCGGAGGAUCUCCCAGGAAUCCCUUCCAGCAGUAAAUGAACUCAUCAAGGUGCGAAGCACACUCAUAAUUUAAUUUCACAGUUUCUAUCAUUUGAGAAGGGCUAAUCGAGGAUGGUGAAAACCAGGCAUUUUAAGGGAGAAAGUUGAGAAGAUACAAGUGUAUUUUUUGGGGGAAAAUAUGUUAUACCUGUUAUACUCUACAAUUUACACACGCUAUUAGCCGCGUGCUCGAGAUUGCUUUUUUCGAGAAUGACACCUGCGUCUUCACGACCAUUGAGGAAGGAUUUUGGGCGAGCAUGGUUUUUCCUUUGUAGAUAUUUACAUUAUAUACAUAGCGUAGGAUAAAAAAAAAAACAUUGGAAAAAAGAUACUUAGAUAUGAAAUUUAUCUCAAGAUCAGCAUUUUAGCGAAACCUCACAACAUUCUCGCGCAAACGCGAGAAGAGAACUCUAUUUUUUUGAGUACAUUUUAGAGAGACAACAAUUCCACACAAAAUAUAGUGAUGCAAGAGUGAUUAAGCUGCGAAUUGUAAUUCUAACCUAAGAGCAUUAAUUACCAUUUAGCGUGUAAGACAAAAGAAAAAUCGACUUUAGGAUUCUCAGAGAGAGAGACUCAUGACCAUUAACACCAGCACUUUUAUGCAUUAGCUUGUCCUGCAUUUAAAGCUUCGCUGAUAAAAGCUCAAUUCUAAAUGAAAAACUCGCUUCCUAUCCCAACACAUGAACAGCAAUAGUCAAAAUAGCAACGAUAAACAAUGAAUUUUCUUUUGCUAUACAAGUCCAUAUGUUAAUGUUAGCACAGAAAUCUGUCCAUUGAAUAGAAAUGUUAUUUCUUAUGCUUGCAAAAUUGUGCAGUUGAAGAAUAUUUUCCCUGACAAAAAUCCGUGAUCAAGAAACACUGUGUCUCGGUUGAUGAACCACACAAAGAUAGGAAAAUACAAUGAGGGAGACCUACAAUCAUCACAAUCGCUUAUCAAUGUCAUAUCAUUAGGGCGUAAGGAAGAAAAAAAAAUACUAUAUAUAUACACAUCUUAAGGAUAUACAAGUAUUAUUGACUUAUACUAUUAUACAAAAUGAAAUUUAAGAAAAUGUUAUAUUUAAGAAGAGAUUAACUAUAAUAGAUAUUUUAUUGAAACAUUUACGUUUUACCUCUUGAUAGGUUAACCCAAAGAAGAUAAAAAAAUAAAUAAAUAUCAAUGGAUUUCAAUAUUGAAAAUCAUGGAAAAGAUCCAAACGUAUUAAUCCAAAUAUAGUGAAUAAAAUGUACUUGACUAAUCUAUAGUGGAGAAGAAUCUGUGUGGAAGAAUAUCACUCUUGCUCUUAAACUAAAAACCCUCUAAAAACUAACUUCUGUGUAAACCAAUGAUAAAAUACCCCGCAAAGAGCCAUAAUGGAGUCUUAAAAACACCCUAAAAAACCAACUCAUAUUGUUGUGUAAAUGUAAUCUUGUAAUAGUGUAUUGUACAGCAC